AUGCUGUCAAAGCGUAAACGUGCUGCCGAUGUGCUCGAUGAGAAUAUUAGUAAGAAAGUUCUCAAGUGCAGUGUACCACAGUCAAAAUUUAUCGAUGCGAGUUGGAUUCCACCUACGUCGGUAGCUGCGGAACGCUUUUUUUCUACAGUCAAGAGUACUGUGGGCUACUUGCGCAAAAGCAUGAGUCAAGAAACUCUAGAAGUCAUCAUGUUCUUAAAACUCAACUGGGAUUUAGUCACGCUUGUGGACAAAUCUAAAGCGAUUGUGCAGUCCAAAAGCAGCGAUGAUGCUGGCGGAGUGUAGAUCAAAACAAUAUAUUGCAAUAUACACCUC